ACUCUUUUUUUAAGAAAAAAAAAGAAAAAGAGAAAAAACCCAUAAUUUUGGUUUUGGUUUUGGUUCUCUUCUCGCUUUCACUGGGCUUGUCUUGCUGAGGAGGCAACCUGAAGAAACCCUUGUUUUGUUCCCUCUCCAAUCGCUUUAUACUCCAAAAUCUCCGAAUUUGCGAAGAUGACGACGCAAGACGCUGAGAUGAAGGAGCUUCCUGCUCCCAUUUCUUCUUCUCCUUCAACUUUACAAAAUUUGAAAGAGAUUGUGUCGCUUCUUGAAACUGGUGCUUAUGCACGGGAAGUCCGUCGAAUUGUUCGAGCUAUUCGUCUGACUAUGGCGUUGAGACGGAAGUUGAAAGCGUCUGUUCUUUCUUCAUUCCUCAAUUUUGCUCUCCCGCCAGGUUCCGAUGUGCACACAAGGUUAUCCUCAUUUAUUCCGAAGGAGGAGGACUGCGAAAUGGAUGUUGACUUGGCAACACAGACACCUUCAAAACACCUCUUACCCGAGAUAGAGAUUUUCUGCUAUUUGAUUUUGUUAAUAUUUCUGAUUGAUCAGAAGAAAUAUGGCGAGGCUAAGGCUUGUGCUUCAGCAAGCAUUGCCCGAUUGAAGAACUUGAAUAGGAGAACGGUUGAUGUGUUAGCAUCUAGGCUUUACUUCUAUUACUCACUUAGCUAUGAGCUCACCGGUGAUCUUGCUGAAAUCAGAGGUAACCUCCUAGCUUUGCAUCGGAUAGCAACCUUGCGCCAUGAUGAAUUGGGUCAGGAAACCCUCCUCAACCUACUACUUCGCAAUUACCUCCAUUACAAUCUUUAUGAUCAAGCAGAGAAGUUGAGAUCCAAGGCACCCCGAUUUGAAGCUCACUCGAACCAGCAGUUCUGUAGGUACCUAUUUUACCUCGGCAAAAUCAGGACCAUUCAGCUGGAAUAUACUGAUGCAAAGGAGUCUCUUCUACAAGCUGCUCGGAAAGCACCUAUUGCAGCUCUCCGUUUUCGAGUACAAUGCAACAAAUGGGCAAUCAUUGUUCGCUUGCUGUUAGGAGAAAUCCCUGAGAGGACUGUUUUCAUGCAGAAAGGCAUGGAGACGGCUCUGAGGCCAUACUUUGAACUCACAAAUGCUGUGAGAAUUGGUGACUUGGAGCUUUUCCGAACUGUUGCUGAGAAGUUCUCUAGUACAUUCAGCUCAGAUCGAACCAACAAUUUGAUAGUAAGGCUGCGACAUAAUGUUAUUAGAACCGGCCUUCGCAACAUUAGCAUAUCUUAUUCACGCAUUUCUCUGGCUGACGUUGCUAAAAAACUGAGACUCGACUCUGAAAAUCUUAUUGCUGAUGCCGAGAGUAUCGUCUCCAAGGCGACCCGAGAUGGAGCAAUUGAUGCCACAGUUGAUCACGGGAACAGAUGGAUGGUAUCCAAGGAGACUGGAGACAUCUACUCUACCAAUGAGCCUCAAUUUGCCUUCAACUCCAGGAUUGCUUUCUGCCUCAAUAUGCACAACGAGGCAGUCCGUGCUCUCAGGUUUCCGCCAAACUCCCACAAAGAAAAAGAAAGUGCUGAAACAAGGAGAGAACGACAGCAGCAGGAGCAAGAACUUGCUAAGCAUAUAGCCGAAGAAGACGAUGAUGACUUUUAACUGAUUCAGUGCAAGACUCAACACAAUUACGAGAUCUCAAUGCCUUGAAUCAGAUAUACAAUUUCAUCCAGGUAUGCUGAGCAGGAAGUUUUUGUUGCAUGAGUUCAAACUGCUCUUACCCAUUUAUUUUACCAUGAAUCUUUUUAUGCUUGUAAUGCCGGCUGUUUCAUUCAUAGAACGUACUUGAGAUACCCAUUUUCUUAUUUAGUGAUACUCUUCUAAAUUGUAACAUGAGCUUUUGGAUUUUUCAUCUGGGGAAAGUGGACAACUUAUGGCACUUCGUAGUUGAUAUUAAUCGGGAAGCUUUUUACAUUUGUGCAAUGUAGAUGGCCUGCUGUUAAAUGUUCAAACGGCUUACUUAAGGUUUAA